AUGGCGACCACAAGGAGUCCUGCCAGCCCCUGUCAGCUGAAGGAGUUUGACAGCGUCCGAGACUCCCUCGCCAACAUCAUCGGCCAGCUCCGAGACAUUGACCCAAGCCACCUUUCCUUCUCGCCGUUCCUGGACCUCGACACGCAGAUUUCAAUGGCGCCUGUCUCGGACAGCCCUGAAUCGUCUCUUGAGGAGCUGCAAUCUACUGAAACAGAGGAGGAAGGAGAAGAAGGAGAGGAGGAAGAAGAGGAAGAAGGAGUGACCUCUCCCAGACCUCUCCCUGGCCAAGCCUUCCCAGAUCCUCUGGGUCAACACAGGCUCCCUCCUCCACAGGCCCCAGAAGAGAGCGACGUGGGGCAGCCCCCCAUGCCUGUGCCCGACACUGCGGCCCCUCGCUUGCCCAAGGAGACGUCCUUUUUGGACUCUGUCCAUGUCAUGCCACGCUGCCCCCUUCCUGAUCCCGAGCAAAGGUCAGAAGGCGACCAAACCGGGACCGUCAUGCUUCAGCUUCCCAGCGAACGCCAGCCCUGGCUGGACACGGGAGACGGCGCCUGCCCGGUUUUGCCCCACGGCUCCUCGGGGGAGCUGACCGCCCGCCUGGGGGGCAGCGGGGGUCGCCAGGCCUGCUCCGGCGAGUGCAUGAAAGCCGUGGCCUCGGCCUUCGUCGCCCUCCUCCUGGCUCCGUGGUUCCUCUAUGGAGGCUACUACUUCCUUCCGCUGCCGGCCCCUGACUGCCCGGAUCUUGCCAGCCGAGUCGCUUUGGCUCUUCGUUGCCUGCCGGUCGCUGGGCUGCCUAUUCUCCUCGGUAAAAGAUGUGUGUUUGGGGUUUGGGGAGCAGCAAACAGAAGGUGCAGACUCUCCGGCCUCGGUCCAGUAUACCUGAAGGAGCGUCUCCACCCCCAUCGUUCUGCCCGGACACUGAGGUCCAACACCGAGGGCCUUCUGGCGGUUCCCUCAUUGAGAGAAGCCAAGUUACAGGGAACCAGGCAGAGGGCCUUCUCGGUGGUGGCGCCCUGCCUGUAGAACGCCCUCCCACCAGAUGUCAAAGAGAACAACAACUACCAGACUUUUAGAAGACAUCUGAAGGCAGCCCUGUUCAGGGAAGCUUUUAAUGUUUGACGUUUUAUCAUGUUUUUAAUAUUCUGUUGGGAGCCGCCCAGAGUGGCUGGGGAGACCCAGCCAGAUGGGUGGGGUAUAAAUAAUAAAUUAUUAUUAUUAUUAUUAUUAUUAUUAUUAUUAUUAUUAUUAUUUCCUAGUUUCCCUAUUUUGCAGGGACAGUCCCAAAUUUACAGAAGCCGCCACGGUUUCUGAUUUGAUCCCAGGGACGUCCCUAUUUUCAUCGGGGAAAUGUUGGAGGGAAAACAAGGCUGCCUUCAGAUAUCUUCUAAAAGUCAGAUAGCUGUUUAUCUCCUUGACACCAUAAUGAGGACAAGGUGGUACUUUUUGCGGAGACCUGUUCCAAGCCCACAGGUGUGCCCUAGAGACAUAAGCUACCAUCUCAGGCUCCAAAACACGUUCUCUCUCAAGGGCCAAACUCCCUCUGGGUUCAUUUGCCAGAGCUGGGUAGCGCAACCUUUCUUUCCGCCUCUCCCUUUCAUCUCCUCCUCUCCUUUUGCCACCCUUUCUCUCGCGUUACAUUCCCCUCCCUUCUCUUUUUGCAGGAUCACAGCACGGCAGAGUUGGAAGGGACCUCCAGGAGUCAUCUAGUCCAACCCCCUGCAAUGCAAGAAUCUCAACACACGGCUCACACACACACACACACACACACACACACCCUACAUCGAAUUUGACCCUGCUUAGCUUUGCAGGUGUGCGGGCGGUUUUAUUGCUGCGCCAGCUUUAGCUCCCUCUUUCGGACCCCCUGCUUUUGAUCACCCCCAUUUCUCUCUCCUUCCGUCACCCCCCACCCCCGUUCUCACUUGCCUUUUGAUAACAAUAAUACAGUGGUACCUCGGGUUAAGUACUUAAUUCGUUCCAGAGGUCCGUUCUUAACCUGAAGCACCACUUUAGCUACUGGAGCCUCCCACUGCCACCACGCGGUUUCUGUCCUCAUCCUGAAGCAAAGUUCUUAACCCGAGGUACUAUUUCUGGGUUAGCGGAGUCUGUAACCUGAAGUGUAUGUAAACCGAGGUACCACUGUAAUUUAUUAUUUAUACCCCACCCAUCUGGCUGGGUCUCCCCAGCCACUCUGGGCGGCUCCCAACAGAAUAUUAAAAACACGAUAAAACGUCAAACAUUAAAAGCUUCCCUAAACAGGGCUGCCUUCAGGUGUCUUCUAAAAGUCAGAUAGCUGUUUAUUUCCUUGCCAUCUAAUGGGAGGGCGUUCCACAGGGUGGGCACCACCACCGAGAAGGCCCUCUGCCUGGUUCCCUGUAACCUCGCUUCUCGCAGGGAGGGAACCGCCAGAAGGCCCUCAGAGCUGGACGUUGGGGGUGGAGACGCUCCUUCAGGGAUACAGGGCCGUUUAGGGCUUUCAAGGUCAGCACCAACACUUUGAAUUGUGCCCAGAAAUGUACACCAGUAAUUCUCUAACCCAAUGGGUCCCAGUGUGGAGCCAGUGUGGUGUAGUGGUUAAGAGCGGCAGUCUCAUAAUCUGGUGAACCGGGUUCGCAUCUCCGCUCCUCCACAUGCAGCUGCUGGGUGACCUUGGGCCAGUCACACUUCUCUGAAGCCUCUCAGCCCCACUCACCUCACAGAGUGUUUGUUGUGGGGGAGGAAGGGAAAGGAGAAUGUUAGCCGCUUUGAGACUCCUUAGGGUAGUGAUAAAGCAGGAUAUCAAAUCCAAACUCUUCUUCAAUGCUUUUGGGGCGGCUGAGAUUCUUGUCUGCCCCAUCACCUUUCCCAUCUUUGUUUCCAUUAAGGCAGAAAGAGAAAACCAGUUCCAGCCACCUGCUGUUAUUUCUGCAAACAGAGGACGGGGUGUUAUUUGCGGGGGUCCAAACGCAGAGAUUUUUUUCCCCAAGCUGAGCAUUCCUGUCUUAAUGGGACGUUUGGAGGAGCGGACAGAACAAUGUGCAAAGUGGGCAGCUUUCAAGACGCGAUUCCUCCGAACGUUGCAAAAAGCAACGUGGGCUAUUUAUCUUGGAGGCUGAAAGUCCCAGGCUGCAGGCAGCUCUGGCCCUACUCAGAGUAGACCCACUGAAAUGAAUGGGCAAGGCUGGUUUGUCAAGGCUGCUGGGAGCUGUCCCCUCUGCUAUGGAGAUGUACCGGUAAUUCUCAGAGUGGUUUAACAAUCGGACCCUCUGUUUCCCCAGGCAAAUUUGGGCAUUAUAGCUCUAUAGGGGGAAUAGAGGGGUCCUGGAAAUUCUCAGCACUGUCACCAAAUCUUCUAUUAAAUUAGUACAGUGGUACCUCGCAAGACGAAUGCCUCGCAAGACAAAAAACUCGCUAGACGAAAGGGUUUUUGGUUUUUUGAGCUGCUUCGCAAGACGAUUUUCCCUAUGGGCUUGCUUCGCAAGACGGAAACGUCUUGCAAGUUUGUUUCCUUUUUCUUAACACCAUUAAUACAGUUGCGACUUGACUUCGAGGAGCAACUCAUAGAACGCGGUGUGGUAGCCUUUUUUGAGGUUUUUAAAGACUUUGGUGAUUUUUGAAACUUUUCCAAAACUUUCCCGACACCGUGCUUCGCAAGACGAAAAAAAACGCAAGACGACAAAACUCGCGGAACGAAUUGAUUUCGUCUUGCGAGGCACCACUGUAGUAGUAGCAGUAGUAGUAAUAAUAAUAAUAAUAAUAGUAUAGUAUAGUAAAUUGAUAUACCGCCUAUAUCUGUAGGUCUCAAGAUGGAUGCAACAUAAAAUCACAAUAUAAAAAGACAAAACUUUUUCAUUUCUUACAUCUAUAUGCCAUCUUCAGCUUCCCAAGAUCUCGAGGUGUUUCCGUGCACUGCUCUGGUUUCGCCAGAAGCGGCUUAGUCCUACUGGCCACAUGACCUGGAAAAACUGCGGACAAACGCCGGCUCCCUCAGCCAGUAACGCGAGAUGAGCACCUCAAACCCAGAGUUGUCCGUGACUGGACCUAGUGAUCAGGGGUCCCUUUACCUUUACCACCUGUAUUUGGGACGCGGGUGGCGCUAUGGGUUAAACCACACAGCCUAGGACUUGCCAUUCAGAAGGUCGGCGGUUCGAAUCCCUGCGACGGGGUGAGCUCCCAUUGCUCACUCCCUGCUCCUACCAACCUAGCAGUUCGAAAACACGUCAAAGUGUAUGUAACCCGAGGUACCACUGUAUAACACGCCGUGAACUUUAAAUCCCAUUUUCAUAACUUCUCCCAAGCUGUAAGUUGUAUAUUGUACCCAAAGUCUCUCACCCAGUGUAUCAUUAUAGUCUGAUAUACAGUGGUGCCUCGCAAGACGAAAAGAAUCCGUUCCGCGAGUCUAUUCGUCUUGCGGUUUUUUCGUCUUGCAAAGCAAGUCCAUUAGCGUCUUAGCAGAUUAGCGCUAUUAGCGGCUUAGCGGAUCAGCUGAUAAGCGGCUUGGGGAAAAGGGGGGGGAGGAAAAAAACCCCGCAGGAACUCGCAAGACAUUCUCGUCUUGCGAAGCAAGCCCAUAGGAAAUUCGUUUUGCGAAGCACCUCCAAAACGGAAAACCCUUUCGUCUAGCGGGUUUUCCGUCUUGCGAGGCAUUCGUCUUGCGGGGCACCACUGUACAGUGGUACCUCGGGUUACAGACGCUUCAGGUUACAUACGCUUCAGGUUACAGACUCCGCUAACCCAGAAAUAGUGCUUCAGGUUAAGAACUUUGCUUCAGGAUGAGAACAGAAAUCGUGCGGCGGCAGCAGGAGGCCCCAUUAGCUAAAAUGGUGCUUCAGGUUAAGAACAGUUUUAGGUUAAGAACGGACCUCCAGAACGAAUUAAGUACUUAACCCGAGGUACCACUGUAUUCCCAUUUCACUCCGAUGCUGCUGAACUGGAAACGGUCUCCGAAAAAAACUGCCCUCCUUUCUCUCCUGGCUGCAGGCAUUGUUCUGAGGGCUUUUUCUGCCUUGUGCCUGGACAACGUCGGCCCGCUGGGCACUCGCUCUCGACCCGUCCUCCUCCACCAGCUUUUUGUCGUGGGCUCCGUGGACCAGCUCUCCGUCUUUGCCCUCAACGUGGUGGUGACGGCGACUUUCCUCCCCCAGGAGCACUUGGGUCUCAUCCCGAUCCUCGUGGGGCUCUUUGCUGUUGGAAGGUGAGGUGCAGGGUCGGGGACUGCGGCCCCCAAGCCAUCUCUGCCUGGCCCUUGGGACCUUUCUCAGGCCAAACCCUCAAAUCUCCAGGCUAGGCAACCUCCGAAAAUCCUGCUCUACACUUUUCGUCGAGGGGUUUUGCCCGACAGGAGCGUACCUCUCAAAGAGAUUGUAGCCUGUCCUCUAAAAACAAAACCCAAGUUCCCAGACCUCAUUGUUCUGGAAGCAGUCCUACCUUUAAGAGCAACACAGGAAUAAUAAUAAUAAUAGUAAUUUGUUAUUUAUACCCCGCCCAUCUGGCUGGGUUUCCCCAGCCACUCUGGGCGGCUUCCAACAGAACACUUCUCGGUGGUGGCGCCCACCCUGUGGAACGCCCUCCCACCAGAUGUCAAAGAGAAAAAUAACUACCAAACUUUAGAAGACAUCUGAAGGCAGCCCUAUUUAGGGAAGCUUUUAAUGUUUAAUAGGUUAUUGUAUUUUAGUGUUUUGUUGGAAGCCGCCCAGAGUGGCUGGGGGGACCCAGCCAGAUGGGCGGGGUAUAAACAAAUUAUUAUUAUUAUUAUUAUUAUUAUUAUUAUUAUUAUUAUUAACAACUGGAAGCCGUGCUGGAUGUUCGGCUUCCGAAAAUCAUUUGAAAACCGGAACAAUCACUUCCGAUUUUCGAUCGUUCUGGAGUUGAAAUGUUCGAGUUCAGAGGCGUUCGGCUUCCAAGGUUCCACUGUAAGCAGCUUUGUUUGAUUUUGCUAAUGGCAACAUGCUGCAUUUAACGAAUGCCACUAAAGGUAAAGGUAAAGGGACCCCUGACCGUUAGGUCCAGUCAUGGCCGACUCUGGGGUUGCAGCGCUCAUCUCGCUUUAGUGGCCAAGGGAGCUGGCAUACAGCUUCCGGGUCAUGUAGCCAGCAGGACAAACCCGCUUCUGGCAAACCAGAGCAGCGCAUGGAAACGCCGUUUACCUUCCCGCCGGAGCGGUACCUAUUUAUCUACUUGCACUUUGUGCUUUCGAACUGCUAGGUGGGCAGGAGCAGGGACUGAGGAAUGGGAGCUCACCCCGUCGCAGGGAUUCGAACCGCCAACCUUCUAAUCGGCAAGUCCUAGGCUCUGUGGUUUAACCCACAGUGCCACCUGCGUCCCUAACGAAUGCCACUAAUUCAGUGCUAUUUUUCUAGAAAAAGAGGUGCUGGAACUCACCAUGAACGCCUCUGUUGUUCUCUUAGAAUAGAGUUCUAGCUGGGGGGGAGCCCUGAAUAGGAACAAACCGGUUCAGUUUAUCGAAGUUCGCCGAUCUGGUUCAGAAAUCUCCGAACUUCUCCUGAAAGGUUCUAGGUGAAUUGAACGUGAACGUUUGUUUGGGGUUAGGAACCUUAAUGACUUCUAGUUAUGUUCAAGUUCAUUCUCUUUCUGUCCCUUUGGAGCAAAGUUUCCCAAACUUGGGUCUCCAGCUCUUUGGGGACUACAAUGUCCAUCAUCCCUAGCUAGCAAGACCGGCUGCCAUGGAUGAUGGGAACUGUAGUCCCCAAACAACUGGAGAACCAAAUUUGGGAAACGCUGAUCAAGAAGGUCUUCUUUGCUCUGCUUCGCUUCACAGGUGCUGCUACUGGGCCUGCCUGCACUUCAGCAGCACAUACCGUGGGUUCGGGUUCGGCCUCUCCUUCUUCCCAACAGUCGCCAUGAGUAUCUACAACCUCUUCUGCCUCUACCACCUGGGCUUGGGGUUCCUGUUUGCCGCCUUGCCCGACGUCCGCAACACAUCCGCUCCGACGCUCGAACUGACUAUGCCCAAGAGAUGA